UCCGAAUUCGUGACGAGUUCAGUCCGAAAACCUAUCCAAUCCGGCUCGAGCCGGUAUCGGAAGUGCUUUAAAGUCUGGGACGCCUCCGUGCCGGAAUCGGUCCACUUGAACAUGGAAGCAGUUCAUCGUCGUCUUCUCGGUUCUUUUCUCAGUGAAACCAAUCGUCACUCGAAUCUCUCCCCCUCUUUAUUCCGUCUCCUCAUCUUUGAAACCAACUCCAUCCCUAUCUCUCCAAACCCUAAACAGGAACCGGCAACCGUCUCCACCUCACCAUCAUCUUACUUCUCUUGCCGUUCAAUCGUCUCCGCCACGUCCUUUCUCUGCAGCUACAAAGAACACUCUGAAGCCUUAACCCCACCACCUGAGGACCCAAGAAUCAUACGUCCCAGAACCCGAACACCUCUCGAGAAGCAAUUCGAGACAUGGGUCGAGAAGCUCAAGCCCGGCUUCACUCCCGCCGACGUCGACGACGCCCUCCGUUCCCAAUCCGAUCCCGACCUCGCCCUCGACAUCUUCAGGUGGACUGCACAGCAGCGCGGCUACAAGCACAACCAACUCACCUACCACACUAUGUUCCAGAUUGCCGUCUCCGGUAAGCGCUUUGGACACGCUGAAACAUUAAUAGAAGAGGUCCUCGCAGGUGCCUGUUCCGGCAGUUUAAAUCUCUAUAACUCGAUGAUCCGGUUUUGUUGUAGUCGGAAACCACUCUUCAACCGAGCUUUCGAUGUUUACAGGAAAAUGCAGAGGUCACAGGACUGUAAGCCCACGCUAGAAACCUACACAUUGCUCCUGAAUGCUCUUCUUAGAAAAUUCAAUAAGUUAAACGUCUGUUAUGCUUAUAUGCAUUCUGUGCGAUCCUUACUAAAACAGAUGAAGGCUUCUGGUGUGAUUCCUGAUACAUUUGCUUUGAAUUUGAUCAUAAAAGCUUACUCUAAGUGUUUGGAAAUGGACGAAGCAAUCAGGGUUUUUCGUGAAAUGGGUUUAUAUGCUUGUGAACCGAAUGCAUAUACGUAUAGUUAUAUUGCCAAAGGUUUGUGUGAGAAGGGGAGAGUAAGCCAGGGCUUUGGGUUUUAUAAAGAAAUGAGGGAUAAAGGUCUUGUGCCGACUAGUAGUACUUACAUGAUUCUUAUCUGUAGUCUCUCAAUGGAACGGAGGUUUGAAGAUGCAAACGGUGUUCUGUUUGAUAUGUUGAAUAAUUCAAUGGUUCCUGACCUCUUAACUUACAGGACCCUUUUCGAAGAGUUGUGUAGGGAAGGCAGGGGAAAUGAGGCUUUUCAGCUUCUUGAAGAACUGAGGAAGAAGGAGGGAUCCAUGGAGGAGAAGACCUACAAGACUUUAUUGGAUGGAUUGCAUUUCUUAUGUCGGGAAUAGAUGUCAAUCUGUGGUGAAGAUCUUCUUUUUCUUAUGUACAUAAGGAGGCAUUUGGAUAUAAAAGAGCAGAGUAGAUGUUGCAGAGCUCUGGUGUAGAACAUGUAAUUGGAGGUCUAAGAAUCAUAUCACAAGAUCUUUAUUCUGUAAUUGGUCCUGGUCCUCUAUAUUCAUUCAUUUUCAUAAGUUUAUUUCAGUGCUUGGGUUUACAACAUGUAACAUGGAGAGUAAGAAUUAGGUUAUCAGUUUUUGAUUCAUUUGGCAUAUUUGGAUCUUUGGCCCUGUAAUUUAUUCCAGGGAAGCAGUAGAAUCAUUGAAAAGAACAAAUCUCUAUGCUGGUCA